GGAGUGCUGAGGAAGGUUAAUUAAAUGGGCAGUAGAACUGGGGGAAUUCGAGAUAACAUUUCAAUAGAGGUCUGCAAUCUGAGCUCAAGCACUGACGGAGCAUCUAGUAGCAAAGGCUCAAGAGCUGGUGCGUUCUUAGUUGGCCUAGAUGGAUAUCGAAGUGAGCAUGCUUUGAAAUUUAACUUCGAUGCAACUAAUAACAUGGCUGAGUAUGAAGCUUUGCUACUUGGUUUGCAACUAGCAUUAGAGCUGAAAGUCAUGGCCAUAAGAGUUUACAGUGACUUGCAACUUAUGGUUAAUCAAGUCAACUCAAUCUACGAGGUUGUUAAUCUUGUCAUGAUGAAGUAUGUAGCCUUGGUGGCCGAGCUGAAGUGCAAGUUCCAGAAAUUUUGUUUGAGCAAAAUUCCCCGAACUGAGAAUGAACAGGCAAAUUCACUUUCUAAGUUCAUCUUUAAUAGCUCCUUAAGCUCCAGAUCAGUUUUCGUUGAAGUUUUAGAUGAACCGAGCUUCAUGAAGCCAAGAAUGAUGAAGAUCAGCACAGAUCCAAAUACACCAAGCUGGACAGAUCCAAUUGUCUCUUUUUUACGAGACGGGUCAAUGCCUGAAGAUAAGUAAGAAGAGAUGAGGUUAAGGAAGAAAGCGUCUCGAUAUAC